AUGGGCAAGAUCAUCUUCUACGAGGACAGGAACUUCCAGGGCCGCAACUAUGAGUGCAUGAACGACUGUUCCGAUAUCUCCUCAUACCUGAGCCGUGUUGGUUCCAUCAGGGUGGAGAGCGGUUGUUUCAUGGUCUAUGAGCGCAACAGCUUCACGGGCAACCAGUUCUUCCUGAGGAGGGGCGAGUACCAUGACAUGCAGCGCAUGAUGAGCAUGGGCAUGAUGUUUGACACUAUCAGAUCUUGCCGCAUGAUUCCUCCAUACAGGGGAACCUUCAGGAUGAGGAUCUAUGAGAGGGAUAACUUUGGAGGACAGAUGUACGAGCUGAUAGAUGACUGUGACAGCAUCAUGGACCGUUUCCGUAUGUCUGACUGCCAGUCCUGCCAUGUGAUGGACGGCCACUGGCUCAUGUAUGAGCAGCCCCACUACAGAGGCAGGAUGAUGUACUUUAGGCCUGGAGAGUACAGGAGCUUCAGGGAUAUGGGAUACAGCAACAUGAGAUUCAUGAGCAUGAGGCGUAUCACUGAAAUGUGUUAA